UGCAGUAUGGGAGUUGUAGUCCUUUACCCACUGCGGCCCUCCCUGGUGAGGAAGCUGUGGUGAAACUGCAGUUCCCGGCGUGCCCCUGAUAGCCCGAGGACGGAGCAAGGAAGAGACAAGGAUAGGUCCGUGGAAGAGGUCAGGACACCGGCAGACUGCAGGAAAGAAGAGGGAGAAGGAAGGAACAGUGACUUCAACAAGGUUACAUUUGAUCAAGCCUUCCUGGGUUGUGUGCAAACAGACUAAUUGAGACCAGUGGGGAGAGAGGGAAGGAAGGUAGGAAGUGGAUUCAACGCUACAAUUUGGAAAAAAAUAUGGGUGGGGUGCAAUCCCUGGGAUUGCCUUCUGCGACAGGACCCCAUAAAGUUGGCUGCACAGAUAUCAUGACUGAUCACAGAAGGCAGGGCAGUUUCUUUCGUUUGUACUAUCCCUGUGAGGCUUGUGGAGAAGUGAAGCACCCACUAUGGAUUCCCAACUACGAGUAUUGCAAAGGCCUUGCAGAUUAUCUGAACAGAGACAAGAGGUGGUGUGCUCCCUUGCUCAACAUGGCAUUUGGUUAUUAUGAAGUCCCGGUUGGAUGGGAUGCUUCUUUCAGAGCUGCAGAGAAGUACCCACUGAUUAUAUUUUCUCACGGUCUUGGGGCUUUCAGGACCGUGUACUCUGCUGUCUGCAUCGAGUUGGCAUCUCAAGGAUUUAUUGUCGCUGCUGUUGAGCACAGAGAUGAAUCAGCUUGCACAACCUUUUUUCUAAAGUCUUCUGUUGAGAAUUUGGAGCCAUCAAUUGGAGCAACAACUGCACUAGAGCAGUCUCUUGAGGGAUCUGAGAUCCCCCCAGCAUCUCUAGCUGAGAUGGAAGAAGAAUGGCUCCCAUAUAGGAAACCAGAUACAGCUGAGGAAGAUUUUGCCCUCCGGAAUAAACAGCUGUGCCAUCGAAUGGAGGAGUGCAGCCGGGUUUUGGAUGUACUUACAGACAUCCACAAUGGAAAAUUCAUCAAAAACUACCUUCCUGGUCAUUUGGAUCUCUCCAUUAUGAAGGCCUGCAUUGACCUGAAGAGGGUGGCAGUGAUGGGUCAUUCAUUUGGAGGCUCCACAUCAAUUCUGGCAAUUACUAGAGACUCACGGUUCAGAUGUGCAGUGGCCUUGGAUAGCUGGAUGUUCCCGCUGACGGAUGAUAUUUAUUCCAAAGCGUUGCGUCCUGUGUUCUUUGUGAACUCUGAGAAAUUCCAGACCAAUGACAGCAUUGAUAAAAUGAAGAGGUUGCGUUCUAAUAACAAUGAGAUCAAAAUCAUCACCAUAAUAGGAUCAGUGCAUCAGAGUCAGACGGACUUCACAUUACUGACUGGGCAGUUGCUCAGCUUGGCUUUUGAAACAAAGGGAACCAUAGAUCCUAUAAUGGGUCUGAACAUCACCAAUAAAGCCUCUUUGGCUUUCUUGCAGAGACAUCUGGAUCUACAAAAGGACUUUGAUCAGUGGGAUGCUCUUUUAGAAGGGAAUGGAGAACAUGUGGCACCUGUAAACUGAACCCCAUCUUCAGGACCAUUUUGAUGUUUGACAUGGAAUCCAACUGAUUAUUGAUGCGAAUGCUGAUGAAAUUGUGCAUCGAUGACUGAUCCUCUGUGGGUUAAGUAAUUGGAUCUUAUGUUUGUGAUCCUACAUGAUACAUGGUGUGGAACUGCUGUCACUCGUGCACAACAUUUGACCUGCAUCAAAUGAAUGUAUUUGCUUCCUGUAAAACACUCUCAAUAUUCAGCAUAUGACAAGCUCCCUUUAAUCAGCACAUAUAACUUUAAAGAAAAUCACCUUUAUUUCCUGAAUGAUGGAAUUGGAUGUUUGUGUUGACUGCAGUGCUGUAGUCACUGAAUGCGAGUUGGCAUUCAUUCGAUCUGAGCCUUUGCAACAAUCAGCACUUUUGAGAGCUGUGAUGAACAUAGUUUCCAUGUGUUUUCAUUGGGCUGUGGUUACAGGACUGAACUGCAAUUGUCAAGAAUUAUCUGAUGAAUCCAAGAAAAUGGAAACAUUUGAAGAUUGCAAAGCUUCUCCAUGGACAAUGGCAAUACCUGCAUCUUUAAGGAAUGCAGGGCUUUCUGACCAUGCUCAGUUUUGUAUUGAAAUUAUUUUGUGUAUUUCUUGAGUACUAUUGAGAAUUUGCAGCUCUGUCCACCAAUAACUGGCACAGGAUUAAUCUGCACACUGUUCAUAUAUUAGAAUCAUAAAUGUUUUGAAGAAUUAAUUAAUUGUUAUUUUAAUGCUAGCAUCUCCAUAAUUCUGAUUUCAAUCUUCCAAGGAAAACCAAUUGCAUUAAGCAAUCUUCAUUGAUCUGCUUUGGAGAUGGAGAAGUUGCGUCUGUCACACUGAGGGUUGUUGCCUUCAGUUACUGCACCUCAACAACUUCUUCAGAGAGUAUGCAAAGUUAACAACAUUGUGAGUGAGAACAGUAACAUGAAAGAAAGAGCUUGCAUUCAUUUAUAUAGAACAACUUCAGGACAUUCCAAAAUGUUUUGAAACCAAUUAAGUACUUUUUAAAAAGUGUUGUUACUGCUGCUUAUGUAUCUAAUUUGCACAUAGCAAGAUUCCACAAAUGGCAAUGACUACGUUAUGUAUUUUAAUAAUAUUGAAGAAGGCCUUCUUUCAUCCUAAUAUUCUGCUCUUCCAUUAGUUCCAUGGGAUCAGAGGAUAGUACGUGUAUGGAAUGAGCUGCCAGAGGAUAUGGUGGAGGCUGGUACAAUUGCAACAUUUAAAAGGCAUUUGAAUGGGUAUAUG